CGGCCGUCGACGACUCCUCCAGCCCGCGGCCACAUAAGCUACCCCGGCAUCCCAGUGCCACCGGCCCGACCUCUCUGCAUCCUCACCUGCGCAGUACCAUUACGUCGUCGUCAUCCCUCGCCUCUGCAGUUCGCCCGCCACGCCUCUACUCUACCCGCUGGAGAAUGGCGACUGCCCCCGCUGUGCUCUUCUUGCCGUGACAUCCCAUCAUCGAUCGUCUUACUCGUCAAUCCGUCAUCGCAGCUAGUCGCGCGGACCUGCGCCCUGCAUCCCCAACCCCGCGACACCCGGCACCAGCAGCAGCUCCGGAAUCCUCGAGCUUCGCCGUCUCGCGGCCGAUCCGCAUCCCGUCUUCCGCCCGCGAUCAAGCGCAGCAGCAUCUCUGCCCGCCUUCUUGUCCGGGCCGUCGACUGUCCCCAGCCCCGAAGCCCCCGCCAUCAUGUGGAACGACGAAGAUAACAACCCGUACGGGACCAGCUUCGAUCGCCGCGACUCAACCACCUCGUCGUCGGCAAACCCAACGUCGCCGACGUCCCGCGAGUAUCGUUCCUUCGACGCCCCUCAUACCCCGACCUCUGGGAGCGACGAUGAACAGCCGGCAUUCGGGCAUGGCGCCGAGUCUAGGGAGACCCCCCAGGAGGUCGUUGCCGCUGAGGAGUCGGCCCCUCGGCGGAAGCCGGGCGGCUAUAGCAGCCGCAUAGAGCAGAUACUCUACGAGAACCCCGACCUGCCCAUCAUGAUAACCGACGCUGGAAAGAGCCUUGAGAGUGGCGGCAGAUACAUCGUCUACACCAUUCGAACUGGGGACCUCGAAGUGCGACGCCGAUACUCCGAGUUCGCGUCUCUCCGCGAUGCCCUGACCCGUCUACACCCGACUCUCAUCAUUCCUCCCAUACCAGAGAAGCAUACCAUGGCCGACUAUGCCGCGAAGCCCACCAGCGCCAAGCAAGAUCAGCAGAUCAUCGACUUGCGGAAGCGCAUGCUGGCCGUGUUCCUAAAUCGCUGUCGCCGGAUGGAAGCGGUUAGGAACGACGGCGUGUGGUGGAGGUUCCUCGAUCCCAAUGCGAGCUGGAGCGAAGUCCUCCACUCCCAUCCCAUCUCGUCUAUCCCAAAGUCGGUGCUCAAGGCGCCUCCGCUGGAUACCGCGAAUCCUACGCCCGCACACAGCUACCUCCCCAUACCGGCAAGCUCUGCCAAGCUCAAGACAACAGCUGGAGAUGUCAAUUCGGCGCCGUCCCUCCAGCCCGGCGCCAACGUCCUCGGCCGAUUCCCACCCGAGUCGCGGAACCAGAGCGAGCAGGAGCUUGACCCGUACUUUAUCGCCUACGAAGCGUCAAUUAAGGAAUUGGAGCAGCUUCUCAUGGGCCCCAUGGAAAAGGUCAACCGCAGGACCCUCAGCCACUUGUCGUCUCUCGCAGCAGAUUUGUGUGAGCUGGGCUCCAGAUACAACGCGUUCGCCUUGUCGGAGCAAGCCCCCUCUCUAGGCCCUGCGAUUGAGAGAGUCGGCCAGGCAGCGGACCUGUCUUAUAUUGCCACGGAGGAACUCUCGGGAUCCCUGGGCGCCAGUUUCGCCGAACCGAUGAGGGAGAACGCGCAGUUUGCGGGCGUCGUGCGAAGCGUGCUGAGGUACCGGGUGCUCAAGCGUGUCCAGCAAGACCUGACGACGGAAGAGCUGAACAAGAAGAGAGCCCUCUUGGACCAGCUCGAGCGUAGCGAGGCCGAGGCCAGGCGCAUCGAGCAGUACCUGUCGAGCAGCCAACAAAUUUCCCCGCCGCCCAAGCGCUCGGCCAGUCUUAAGGAGCCUGCGUCGCAGCACCGGCGCGAGGGAGGUCAGGAGGAUACCGAGUCCAUCGAUUCCGACUUCCCGCCGACGCACGGGGACUUCUCACCGCCGCCGCCGUCUGCGAGCCAAGGCCUGCCGGAGCGGAGCGCGAGCGUGACGCACAGGAAGAUGCCAAGCGGAAACUCAAUCACUAACAAGAUUUUCGGGCCCAUCCGCCACGCGGUCCAAGGGGUCGUUGACGUCGACCCCGAGCGCACGCGUCGGGACGCAAUCGGCAAGACGAGGGAAUCGAUUGGGCAGCUGGAGCAGGCGCAGGUGGCUUCGGAGCGGGACGUCAAGGAGGCGAGCGCCAGCGUCCUCAAGGACAUGAAGCGGUUCCAAAAGGACAAGGAAGACGACGUGCGACGGUACAUGCUUGCAUAUGCGAAGAGCCAGAUCGAGUGGGCCAAGAAGAGCAGGCAGCAGUGGGAAGAGGCGCGUGCAGAAGUCGACAAGAUAGAGGAGACUUAGGCCGACCCUGGGGGGCAGCACAUUUCCUGCCUGCUUGGAGACUGGAAGUCAGAUGGGCCAGCCGGAGAACCACGACACCUUUGGUAGGCUGAAGGCUGGGUGACAGGCGAGAUGUUGACAUUCCGGGGCGAAGCCGCAGGCGCGGCUGCUUUCUCCUGCAAAGGGUCAGGGGGCUGCACGCGGUAGUGGUGGUGGUGGUGGUGGUAGUGGUGGUGGUGUGAGCCGCGCGGUUCAAGCCACGUCGCGCGGCGCAGCGGCCGACAGCAUGUUGCAGUAGAGCAGCAAAAUUUCCUUUGAACGCUUGAAAUGAAAACACUGGGGGGGCGCGAAGGAGGGACGCGCAUACAUUUUGACGAUACAUGCUUUUUUUUUCUUAGGUUCUUUGAGGGCUCGAGAUGGCGCCAGAGAAGGAACAGCGGGAAAGAGAGCGUUUUUACAUUAGUAGUCUAUUGUUCUGUCGAGUCAAUAACACGGACUGCAACAUCUCUGGCAUGGCACGACAGGCACUAAUAACUUGAGACCUGGGGGAG